CAGAUGCGUCGUGUUGUUUUGAGCAAAAUGGCGCUGGACGUUAUUUAUUGUUUAUGUGGACAGUCGACGGAUUUGUCCCGUUUUAUGAUACAGUGUGAUAUAUGCAAAGACUGGUUCCACGGCAGAUGUGUUGGUGUGAGGGAGUACCAGGCGGUUGACAUUGACAGGUUUCACUGCCCGCGGUGUGACGUCUACAACGGCCCUUCUGUUUUAAAAGCGCGGCUGAACUGGCACCGUCAUGACUACUCCGAGGCAGACGCCGGGUCCAAGCCAGUUCAGACGGGCACACAGGUCUUCAUUAAGGAGCUCAAAACCAGACACUUUCCCAGUUGUGAGGAUGUGGUGUGUCGGCUACGGGGGCAGCAGCUCACCCUGCCCUACAUUGUGGCGAGCGGCUUCACCAAACCCAUCUUGGUGGAGGACAGAAACGGCCUCGACCUCAUUGUUCCACACGACUCUUUUAACGUUCUUGAUGUGGAGAGUUACGUUGGCUCUGAACACGAGGUGGAUGUGAUCGACGUCCAGCGACAAACGGACGUCAAGAUGCAGCUACACGAGUUCAUUGAGUACUUCCUCAGUCCUGCCAGAACCACUGUCCUCAACCUCAUCAGUCUAGAGUUCUCCAAUACCAGUUUGAGUCAGCUGGUGGAGCCUCCCUACAUUGUCCGCAAGAUGUGUUGGGUCACUAAUUCCUGGCCCACCGACCCGCCCCCCAGCCCGCCCCUCUCGCGCCCCAAUGUAUCCAAGUAUGCGCUAAUAGGUGUAGAAAAUUCUUAUACAGACUUCCACAUAGACUUCGGUGGAACAUCUGUGUGGUACCACGUUCUCUGGGGAGAGAAGGUGUUUUACUUAAUAAAGCCCACAGCUGCCAACCUCACCCUGUACCAGCGCUGGAUGAAGGCCAACAACCAGUCUGAAAUGUUCUUUGGGGAUCAGGUGGACACGUGUUACCGGUGUGUGGUGCGUGCGGGGGAGACGCUUUUCAUCCCCACCGGCUGGAUCCAUGCCGUGCUCACCCCCACCGACACACUGGUCUUCGGCGGCAACUUCCUGCACUCACACAACAUUGAAUUGGAACUCCAGGUUUACGAAAUAGAGAAACAGAUCAACACGCCCGACAAGUUCCGGUUUCCCCACUACGAGAGCGUGUGUUGGUACGCCGCGACGAGACUAGUGAUAGAGCUCAGGGACAUGGCAGCCGCGGGGACCAGAGUGCCGCCCAUCAUGAUAACGGGCGUCCGCUGUCUCCUGGUGGCCCUCAGGCAGUGGGGGGGAGAGAAUGGCCGAGGGGGGCUGGAGACCGUUCCGUCCGGCAUCCAGCCCAUGAAGCUGUUCAAGGACCUGCAGCGGGAGAUCAGGUCGGCGGAGAAGCAGGUCAUCGCCCUCAACCCCCCCAAGCCUGAGAGGGAGUCCAAGAGGCGGAAGAAGAAGGUGAUGGCGGACGACUUCAUUGACUACACCAACCUGACCAGCUUCAACACGGUGCUGGAGGAGCGGCUGCCCGACAGGAAGGUCAAGGUGCUCAAGGUCAACUCUCCGCAAGUCGAAAUCGGUGGGCCUGAGAUGGUGGGCUUGACGGAGGAACAGCAGCGAACCCUAAAGCUAAGCCUGCCAAAGACGGCCACCUACCCCUACGGUCUGAGCUUCACCUCCACGGACUACGGCAUGAGCGGGACCCCUCCACACGACCCAGAGUACCCGCAGUUCAAGAAUGAGUACCCCAGCAAUGUGAACCACCUCAACGACCUAACAGUUACGACUUCCGCCCCCAGGACCGAAUAUGACUGGUCCGACAGCCCCGGUAUCACCCCCUACAAACUGGUGGAAGCCGGCACCGUGCGGGUCAAGUUCGGACGCACGGGAAGCACAGACUCGGAUGUCCCCUCCACCCCGACGCCCGCCAGCACCACCAGGAUCAAGGACGAGGGCGAGACCGCCAUAGACAUCAAGGUUCACAACGAGUCCGUGUACGACUUCCAUGAGGACGGGGACAGCGACGAGAGGGAACCAUCGGGACUCAUGAUAGAUGAGACCCCGAGACGUAAGGGAGUGCACCUACAGCCACCUGAGCCGCUGAAGAUCAAACUGAGCUUGACGAACGCUGACGUGGUGUGCAGCGAGGCCGUGGAUGUGGCGGAGGAGGUGGAGGUGGCGCCCUCACACAACGCGGCCCACAACGGCAUAGACGAGCUUCUCCGAGCAUCAGCCUACGCCCCGGACUUCAACGAGGACUCCCCCGCGCGAAUGGAAGACCUGGAUAGUGAGAGCGGCCGAGCUUCCCCGUCCACCCGCGAGGCCAUAGCAGGGAUGUUGAGCAUGAGCCGCGUGGUCCCGAACAGCCGCAGCACCUCCAGAAAGCUGUCCGCGGCAAACACCAGACAGCCCAAGCCACGGCGACGCUACGAUGACGACGAGAACAUGAGUAAAGUGCACCAGGAUGAGGAUUAUGUGUACCCUACGCUGGACAUAUCCGACGACGAGGACUUCCCUGUGUUCAAACCUCGGGGGAAGAAGAAGGAAGACGAGGCCUGGAACCCCAAGGCAAGAGUACGGGUUCAGGGUCCCCGGCCGGAGCGUCCGAUGCGUCAGGGGGUGCGGAGACAAGCAGUUGAGAAGGGUUUGGAGCAGGCGGCUGCGAGGAGACAAAAUUUACCUGCCACCAAGAGAGCCUACCACCGGAAGAAGCAGCGCACGCUGGAGGCUCAGCCCAGCACCUCCUCAGGAGUUGUUAGUCUCAAGGGGAUUAGCAAAAGUGAGUUCUCCAACAAGCCCAGGAAGGGCAUGGCCACUGCCAAGCAGCGGUUAGGGAAGAUCCUCAAGAUCCACAAGAUGCUUCACUAAUCUUUCUGGAGGCUCCGCGGCUCCACCCUAGUGAAACACUGCCCCGGGCCGGGCUGGUGUCCCGGCCUGGCUGGGGAGGCUCAUGUGCUCGCCGACAAUAAUCAGAACGUGUCUGUGAAGGUUUUGUAACAUUUUAUUUGCAAUCGCUCUUUUUCACAUCAGUCUUUUUGUUGAGUAGGAAGUGCUGGUGACAGCACAGCUGUGUUGCUUUACAGGCCUGUAGAAGAGUUUGAUUACUGUGAUGUGCCUGCCUUAGUUUGUGAGGCACCAAGCAGAGCCCUGCAAGGCACGCUGUGUGGCGGUGGUGGCAAGCAGCUCCUCCCUCUGCUCCCGGCCACAGCGGCAGAAACACUGUGUGGCGGUGGUGGCAAGCAGCCCCUCACUGUGCUCCCGGCCACAUCAGCAGACACAGAGGCAGGGGCAGUGGUGGUGAGCAGCCCCUCCCUGUGCUCCCGGCCACAUCAGCAGACACAGAGGCAGGGGCAGUGGUGGUGAGCAGCCCCUCCCUGUGCUCCUGGCCACAUCAGCAGACACAGAGGCAGGGGCAGUGGUGGUGAGCAGCCCCUCCCUGUGCUCCCGGCCACAGCGGCAGACACAGAGGCAGGGGCGGUGGUGGCGAGCAGCCCCUCCCUGUGCUCCCGGCCACAGCGGCAGACACA